UGCGAGUGAGAGUUGAGGCUUGCGAUGUCAGUCUCGCAAGUCCGCUCGCCCGAGCUUGGUUUGCCUUGCUUUCCUCCUCUCCGCGCCGCAAGAAGAAAGUAGAAAUUAUUAUUUAUAUAUGGAACUAAACGCGAGGCGGCAGUCAUCAAGAAAUGGCUCAAAAGCAGAGCAGCACAACCUUUUGCCUUCUCUGCUCAGCGGUGUUUGUACUUACGCUUAUGGUGCAGCAAAAUUUGGUGCUCAGUGGUCUAGUCAACGAUAACUUCAAGCACUGGCGCAACAAUGAUAAGCUGCUCUCGCUCAACAAUCACGCAGUCAAAUCUUACAGCGACCACAAGCUGCAAAUGUCAAGGAGAAACAACUCAGACAGACUAUUCUUAGAUGAUUUUUUUAAUCUUUUUUCCAAUGCUGCCUCAGCAGCCAUCGUUGACGGAGACGAUAGCGAUGAUGAUGAAGAAGACACGUUCAGGAAUUGCACUUGCAACUGCGGUGUAGUGAAUCAAGAAACCAGAAUUGUAGGUGGCCAGAUAACUGGGAUUCAUCGCUAUCCCUGGGUUGCGAGACUUGUCUACGAUGGACAAUUCCACUGCGGCGGUUCACUUUUGAACGCUGAUUAUGUACUUACAGCUGCUCACUGCGUCAGAAGGUUGAGACGAUCCAAGUUCAAAGUGGUUUUGGGCGACCAUGACCAAUUUUCGACCACCGAAUCGCCGGCAGUGAUGCGCGCGGUUUCGGCCAUCAUCAGACACAAGAACUUCGACGGCACAAACUACAACCAUGACAUCGCCCUCCUGAAACUUCGGAGGCCUGUCACCUUCAGCAAACAGGUGCGACCUGUCUGUCUCCCCUCCUCAGGGACGGAUCCACCAGCAAAAUCAGGAACGGUGGUCGGUUGGGGUCGUACGUCAGAGGGUGGGGUCAUACCUUCGCAUGUAAUGGAGGUGCAGGUGCCGAUUUUGUCACUGUCCGACUGCAGAAAAAUGCAGUACAGGCCGUCGAGAAUAAGCUCGUACAUGCUCUGUGCCGGAACUGCAAACAAAGAUUCUUGCCAGGGCGACAGUGGUGGUCCCUUACUGAUCCAGAACGGAGCCAAAUAUGAAGUUCAUGGAAUCGUGUCCUGGGGAGUUGGCUGUGGGCGUCCCGGCUAUCCCGGCGUUUACACACGAGUGGCCAGAUACUUGGAGUGGGUCAAGCGGAACAUGCGUGAUUCUUGCCAGUGCGUUAAAUAAAUUAUUUCAUCUCAUGACUUUAACAAUCUAGACAAGUGUGAGUGAAAAAAUUAUGCUUAUACGUUUGAAUGUACAAUUAUACGAGUGAUGUGUGUUGCGUGCAAACCGAGCGGCAGAGACUCGAGCUGUGAAUUUCGGUUGAAUAUUUAUGAGAAAACUCUUGUACAGAUAAUUAUUAUCACCACGAUUUAAAUUUAAGCGUAUUCUUUGUCAGGGAAUUUUAGGCAUUUCACUUGUAGAACAUGUUCUUAACAAUAUAUAAUUAUUUAAUGUUAAA